AAGAAGCUCAAGGAGGAUGCUGAGAAGGACGCCAGGACCGUCAAGCUGCUGUUGCUGGGUGCAGGUGAGUCAGGGAAGAGCACCAUCGUCAAGCAGAUGAAGAUUAUCCACCAGGAUGGUUACUCACUGGAGGAAUGCCUGGAGUUCAUUGCCAUCAUCUACAGCAACACGCUGCAGUCCAUGCUGGCCAUCGUGCGGGCCAUGUCUACCCUCAACAUCCAGUACGGGGACACAGCCCGUCAGGAUGAUGCCCGCAAACUGCUGCACCUCUCGGACACCAUAGAGGAGGGCACCAUGCCCAAGGAGCUGUCAGACAUCAUUGGGCGGCUCUGGAAGGACACAGGCAUCCAAGCCUGCUUUGAACGUGCAUCUGAGUACCAGCUCAAUGACUCGGCCGGCUACUACCUGUCAGACCUGGAGCGCCUGGUGACCCCUGGCUACGUCCCCACGGAGCAGGAUGUGCUGCGCUCCCGUGUCAAGACCACUGGCAUCAUCGAGACCCAGUUCUCCUUCAAAGACCUCAAUUUCAGGAUGUUUGAUGUGGGGGGCCAGCGCUCAGAGCGUAAGAAGUGGAUCCACUGCUUCGAGGGGGUGACCUGCAUCAUCUUCAUUGCGGCCCUCAGCGCCUACGACAUGGUCCUGGUGGAGGAUGAUGAAGUGAACCGCAUGCAUGAGAGCCUGCACCUCUUCAAUAGUAUCUGCAACCACCGCUACUUCGCCACCACCUCCAUUGUCCUCUUCCUCAACAAGAAGGACGUCUUCCUGGAGAAGAUCAAGAAGGCCCACCUCAGCAUCUGCUUCCCCGACUAUGAUGGUCCCAACACCUACGAGGACGCGGGCAACUACAUCAAGGUGCAGUUCCUGGAGCUGAACAUGCGGCGGGAUGUGAAGGAGAUCUACUCCCACAUGACCUGCGCCACCGAUACCGAGAAUGUCAAGUUUGUCUUUGAUGCUGUCACCGACAUCAUCAUCAAGGAGAACCUCAAGGACUGCGGGCUCUUCUGA